CAGCAGCAGCUUUUACGAAUGGCGAAUGCGGGGCUAGAUUAUGAGCGCCAACAAGAACACCCGCUACAACCGUUUCCCCAGUGGCACAGCCAACGGCGCUUCUUCAGAAAGCGCUAACGGGACCAGGAUGGAGACCACGUUUGGCCCUGCGUUCUCUGCAGUGACCACCAUCACCAAAGCGGACGGGAGCAGCACAUUCAAGCAGCACCGCCGGACGCCCUCCUCUUCCAGCACGCUUACCUACUCCCCUCGGGACGAGGACGAUGGCAUGCCCCCUAUCAGCACUCCUCGCCGGUCCGACUCGGCCAUCUCCGUCCGCUCGCUGCACUCCGAAUCCAACAUGUCCCUGCGCUCGACUUUCUCUCUCCACGAGGAAGAGGAGGAGCCAGAGCCGCUGGUGUUUGCUGAGCAGCCCUCGGUGAAGCUUUGCUGUCAGCUGUGUUGCAGCGUCUUCAAGGAUCCCGUGAUCACCACCUGUGGGCACACGUUUUGCAGGAGAUGUGCCUUAACCUCUGAGAAGUGCCCGGUGGACAAUGCCAAACUGACAGUGGUUGUCAACAACAUUGCCGUGGCCGAACAGAUCGGAGAGCUCUUCAUCCACUGCAAAUACGGCUGCCGGCCCGUGGCGAGCAGCAAGCCUUCUGCCUUCGAAGUGGACGCCCGCGGGUGCCCCUUCACUAUCAAACUGAGUGCCAGGAAGGACCAUGAAGGCAGCUGCGACUAUCGGCCGGUGCGGUGUCCCAACAACCCGAGCUGCCCGCCCCUUCUCAAGAUGAACUUGGAGGCGCACCUCAAGGAGUGUGAGCACAUCAAGUGUCCCCACUCCAAAUAUGGAUGCCUGUUCAUCGGGAACCAGGACACAUACGAGACCCACCUGGAGAUGUGCAAGUUCGAGGGCCUGAAGGAGUUCCUCCAGCAGACGGAUGACCGCUUCCACGAGAUGCAGGUGGCCAUGGCCCAGAAGGACCAGGAGAUCGCCUUCCUGCGCUCGAUGCUGGGCAAGCUCUCCGAGAAAAUAGACCAGCUGGAGAAGAACCUGGAGAUGAAGUUCGACGUGCUGGACGAGAACCAGAGCAAGCUCAACGAGGACAUGAUGGAGUUCCGGCGGGACGCCUCCAUGCUGAACGAUGAGUUGUCCCACAUCAACGCCCGGCUAAAUAUGGGGAUCUUGGGCUCCUACGAUCCCCAGCAGAUCUUCAAGUGCAAAGGCACCUUUGUUGGGCACCAGGGCCCCGUCUGGUGCCUGUGCGUCUACUCUAUCGGAGACUUGCUCUUCAGCGGCUCUUCUGACAAAACCAUUAAGGUGUGGGAUACCUGCACCACAUACAAGUGCCAAAAGACCUUGGAGGGCCACGACGGGAUUGUCCUGGCGCUCUGCAUCCAGGGGAACAAGCUUUACAGUGGCUCUGCGGACUGCACCAUCAUUGUCUGGGAUAUUCAAACCUUGCAGAAGGUCAACACCAUACGUGCCCAUGACAACCCGGUAUGUACUCUGGUCUCCUCGCACAACAUGCUGUUCAGCGGCUCCCUAAAAGCUAUCAAGGUCUGGGACAUCGUGGGCACGGAGCUGAAGCUGAAGAAGGAGCUGACGGGGCUGAACCACUGGGUCCGGGCACUGGUGGCCUCCCAGAACCAUCUCUACAGCGGGUCCUAUCAAACGAUCAAGAUCUGGGACAUCCGCAAUCUGGAGUGCGUGCACGUCCUGCAGACGUCAGGUGGGAGCGUCUACUCCAUCGCUGUCACCAACCACCACAUCGUCUGCGGCACCUAUGAGAAUCUCAUCCAUGUGUGGGACAUUGAAUCCAAGGAGCAAGUGCGCACGCUGACGGGACACGUGGGCACCGUGUACGCCCUGGCGGUCAUCUCCACGCCUGACCAAACCAAAGUGUUUAGCGCGUCGUACGACAGGUCCCUGCGGGUGUGGAGCAUGGACAACAUGAUUUGUACGCAAACACUCCUGCGCCACCAGGGCAGCGUCACAGCACUGGCCGUCUCCAGGGGACGCUUGUUCUCGGGUGCCGUGGACAGCACAGUCAAGCUGGGGCUGCUGACUGUGACACAAAGCAUCUUCCUGCUGGUACGACUCCUCUGCCACAUCAGGGCGCCUUCUGGGGCGGCUCAGCCUCCGAGGCGGGGCGAGGUCGGGCCAAGCCUGGCCUAUGGGGGUCACGUGGCCUCCAGGUUGCAAUUCAUUAAUUCGGCCACGGGAUGGCAGCACCCCCUCUCCACGGCUCGGCCGCUUGGGCAGCGGGUUCAUGGGAGCCCCGGACGGCCGCGCAGUUCCCGGGUUGGGCCACAAGGCGGCAGCAUCUCCUGCCCGGGUUUCUGA